GGUGCUUGCUUGAGUAGAUUGUGCCGUUACACGGAAAACGGAAACUAAACCAAUCCAUUUUGGGAGCAGGGAGCCAGCAGGAUAUCGAGAACUUCUGUCUACCGUACUUGAGCACUCUCGAGUAUCAUAUGGCGGUAUUUGAGAGGAAGACCCCCGGCCAGUGACAAGUGUCUAGUACGCUCCACACAACUAUUAUUCCGCCUUCGCGUUGUUUGUACGAGUACCUUAGCACCUAUCAUAUCAAACAUAAUUCCCAUCACCCUCCCAUACAAUUGCGAAAUAUGCCUCGCUCGAAAUAAGUACAGUAUACUAUACCCACCAACGGGGAAACCGCCAGAGAAAAAAAAAAGCUUUAUCUACCCAUCCCAUGCAAGAAGGGAUCAAUAAAUGAAUUUUCGUUACUCUACUGAAAGAAGAAGGAAGAAAGAAAAAAACCCCCAUCUUUCCUGGUCGUUGGAAGGCUAUCAAAUUUCCCAAAGAGGGGAGCAAAAAACCGCUACGCUAUACUCCAGUGUCCCCCCUCCCCGAAGGGAGCGUACCGUACGGCACCUAGCGCUGGGCAAGAGAGGGAUUCGGCAUGGCUGACGGGUUUUGAUGACUGCGUUGGGGAAAUGCCGUAGGGUAGAUGGGUAUUUCUAAAAGGAUUGUUUCACUCGGCGUUUUUUAGGAUGUAAUGUGUAAACUCUUGCUACUGAUAUUAUCGCAAGGUCUGAAGGGUAGUAUGGUGGAAGACGGUUGUGAUGCUGGCUGGGGUCUGGUUAGACGGUAUGAUAGAGCUACGAUAGGAUGGUUAAGUAAUUAAACCCUGAGGACCAAAGUCCUCAUUGCAUCACCAACACCGUUACCGUGGCCAGAGCCAACGAUUGCCCCAUCAAAUCUGGAAGAUCUCAUCAAAAAACAAUGCCGGUGCCGGUACUGUAUUUCUGCGGCACCUCCCGCGCCAAGCGAGUUGCCAAGCCCAGCGAGCUGCUCUCAGCCUCAUAAUUCAUAAACCGGUACCCGUAUGAUACUAGUCCUAAUAUCAGAUCGUGCAGCACCAUAUCCCCAAUUCUCAAUCCCUACCCCCUUUCUUUAACCACAGAUAACAUGCCACCAAAACCCCGCCCCUCCGAAGCCGUCGCAAAACCGCCCACAGUGCUCGCCUCCACGGUAGUGAUCGCGGAAACGGCCUCACUGACAGGCACCUUCCCCAUAAAAAUCGGAGCAAACACCGUCAUCCACCCGCGCGCGAAGCUCGCGUCGGCCCACGGGCCCAUCACGAUAGGCGAGCACUGCAUCAUCUGCGAGCGGACGCAGAUCUGCCCGCCGGAUGCGGAGGGUUUGAUCAUUGGGGAUGGAGUGGUGGUCGAGGUCAAUUCUGUUGUCGAGGGGAGUGUUGUUGGGGCUGGCAGCGUUGUUGAGGUUGGGUUGAAUUGUAAAUUGGGACCGUUGACUAAAGUUCUCGAGGGGGAGGUUGUCGAGGAUAAUACUGUUAUAUUUGGAAGUGGGCAGAGGAGGAUUGAUGCUUCGGGUACGGCGGACGCUAGGAGGAGGUUGCUGGAGAGACAUAUUGAGAGCUUGAGGGUUCUCAUACCCAGUAAUCCUUCUAAAUUUAUUAAUUGAUGUAGUUCAAAGCUCAUUCUUGAAAAGAGGUUUGUGGAUUGUAGAACGCCCACAUGUGUUGGAUGGUGAUCGAGGAAACCAUUAAAUUUAAAAGCCCACCGAUGGGAGGGACCAACUAGCUGCUAGUAGUACUCAAGUACAGCACAGUGGAAUACCA